CGCAGCGGACAGGAGCGCCCAGCCCGCGGUUCUUAAAUACUUUAGCCUGUUUUCUUUAGUUAGUUUACUUUAAAUUUAUUGAAUGUACUGUAAAAUGUGCACAUGUAAAUAAAUAGUCUAUAUAUCAACUGACUGACAUACUGGAUAACAUUUCUUUUCUGAAUGGGAGCGCAGCACGUUCGGGCUGCGUGGCUAAACUUCGUGCGUAUAGCUUGUUUCAACUUUGUGGAAAUAUGUAACUGUGCCAAAUGAGACUGUAACAUGGAGCAGUCGGAUACUCUCGACAUAGAGUCGCUGAAGAUUACCCAGGAGCAGUUUAUCCUCGCGUCCCAGUCCCUUCAUCUCCAGCGACCAGGCAGCGAUGCCGUGUACUCAGUGGGCCUAUAUGGCUGGAGGAAACGAGGCCUCUAUUUCUUCCUGCUGCUGCUCCUGGUCACCAUGAUAGUUAACCUGGCCCUAACUGUCUGGAUCAUAAAGGUCAUGAAUUUCUCAGUGGAUGGAAUGGGAAACCUCCAGCUGAAUAAGGAUGGGGUUCGCCUGGAAGGAAUAUCUGAAUUUCUCCUGCCUGUCUAUGUGAACGAGAUCCAGUCCAGAAGGGACAGCUUGUUGUUCUUUCGGUCAGAAAAGAACGUAACGCUGAACGCUAGAAACAACCAAGGCCAGCUGACCGGCCAGCUCACAGUGGUAUUCAGCAGCUCCUCAGCCUGCUCGUCUCCCUCUGCAGGGCCUGAGGCUGUGGAGGCCCAGUGUCAGAGACUGGAGGUGCGAAGCAGAGAUGGAGGCCGGCUGCUGUUUACUGCAGAUGAGGAGGAGGUCAUCAUGACAACAGAAAAAUUCACCAUCACAGGCACAGAAGGCGCCGUGUUUGGACAUUCAGUGGAAACUCCCCUGAUCCAAGCGAGGGCGUCCGAAGACCUAAAGCUGGAGUCUCCAACACGUACCUUGACCAUAGAGGCUCCUAGAGGGGUCGAAGUAAGCGCUGCCAAGGGGCCAUUGAAGGUCAGCAGUCGAAAGGACCUACAGCUGGAGUCCACAGAGGGAGAGAUUCUUUUAGAUGCCAACACCAUUCAGCUGGUGACCCUCCCUGUUGGUAUCUACACAGCGUCUCCCAGUCAGGCCUCCCAGGAACAGGCCAUAUACGAGGUGUGUGUCUGCCCCAGCGGGAAGAUCUACCUCUCUCCUGCAGAGAGCAGCUCCACCUGCCAAGUCAUGAGCAACAUCUGCCUCUGGAGCUGACCUGGGAGCAGUGUCGGUGAUGAGGGACACAUUUAACAUCUGCUCCAGAGCUGCUGAGACUGAGACUCUGUUGGUACAUUUGACAGAGAGUAGACCUCACUUCAGCAGAGACGGAGGUCAAAGUCUUCACUGCGUGAGCUGUCUGCGUUCAGAUUAGUACAGAAGCAUCCGAGUCCAUUAUCUGCAGUGGUCUAGUGGAGGUCAAGACUUGCGCACCAGUCAUACGAUCAGAGGAAUCGCAGUGUGAGAAGCUCUCUGAAAUCAGGAACACUGCAUAUAAACAAGAAGACUUCCACUACCUUGUAUUAGAGUCAGAAGACAAAACUUUUAUUUUUCUACUCUAGGUUCAUAAUAGACAUGCAGUGACUGUUUCAGGAUUAAGAAAGAGCAAGAGAAGACAAAACACAGGUGCCUUCAGCUUUGACAGAAGUUUUACUGAAUUCAUGUCUUGAAGCUGUGAUGGUAGAAAGUCCAGUAAGCACAACUCUACCAUGUUUUCCCCCCAAAUCCCAGAUUUUAGAGUAUUCUUAAUAGGUAUUUUAGUUUUUUCCACUGUGUUAAGCAGCUGUUUAAUUUGAAAUUAAACAUGUUUUUAUGUGGCACACACAGUAGUUGAAGUUUAACUUUGAUAAAGACGAGUGAAGCAACAUGAACAAGGUGUUUUGAAUGUCCACAAGACUCCUCCACGUUAACGUAACUGUUCUACAGUUUCUUGAUGAUUUUGCAUGAGUUGACUAGUUGAGAAAACAGUUUCAUAAGAAGGUAUAUUUCCCCCUAAAAUAUAGUAAAGUCAGAAUAUGAAGUAAAAUAACUCAAAAUUGUACUUGGUUACUUUCCACCAUUGCAUUUUGAUUAGCAGAUCAGUUUAACAUGCUCUUUUUUGACUAUAUUAAGCGAGUUAUUGUCCAUCUGGGCUUGAAAGCUUGACCUGAAUAGCAGCAGCAGCAGCUCAGUUCAGAACUCACCCUAGGGUUCACUUAGUAGUUAUGCUGGAACUUUUGAUUGCAUGAUAUUCUCUUCAAUGUGUGUUAAAACUCUUGAAGUGCUCAGAAAAAAAAGAGGAACUUUAGAGAUGUUUUUUAUUCCAUAACAACUGGGAAAACCCCAUCUGACAAUGGACCUUUUCUUUUUACCUCUGCUUCCAAAAGUAAAGUUUAGGUUUCGAUACUUAUCAUUCACCUCACGUUUACAGAAAAUGCUCUCAUUUAAUUGCCUGCUAGUAGCUCCUGCAUAUUAAAACCUCCCUGAGUGUGUGAACUGUUCUCCUCUCUGAGGCAGCGGCCCUCUGCGGAGUUCGCCACAAGAGUCUGGCUGACCUUGGCACUGCAGCUGAGAGUGAGGCAGUCAGCCACGUGUCAGAGGCCUGCACGAGCUCCAAGUUUCACUCUACUCCACUUCCUCGUCUUCCAUCAUCACCCUCUGGCACGGAGGGGCUAAUUUGGUAAGAGCCAUAGAGCUUACUUGCACGGUAAACAAUCUGCUCCCUAAGCAUUUCUUAAGUGGUAGUGAGAUGAUGGGGACAGAGCUCGAUAGGAUUUAAAAUAAAAAAUAAAAGAAAAAAAAAAAACUGAACCAUCUUCCAAAUCCACUUAUCAAAUUCAAAUAUAAGUAGUCUGUUAGCUUAACAUUUAAAAGGUUUGUAUUUAACUCGGUGCAGAAACAAAAAUUUUAACUGUUUUAUGUAACAACAGAUUUAUAGCUAUUUAUAAUCACAUCAAUAAGGCACUUUUGUGAUUACAGAUUUUUUUUAUAGUUGUGUUAACCUGGAGAGUAUUAAAACCCAUUUUCUACGAACAUUCAGCAUUUCACCUGAUGGAGGCUGGAACGUUACAAAGCAAGUCUUUCCUCAGCCACAGGCAAUCACAAAAGAACUGGCCUGAGAGCGUUUCAAGGUGGAGAACAAAUAUGGUAGCCUGCUGCUACAGUCACGGCCGGGUGCACAUCACAAGUUCUCUGGCUCUAAUUAAGCCCAGAGUUGCUGUCAAAAAAAACCAGAUCAGUGCUGAAAAGAACUACUGUACAUUCUGUAUUUUAAUCUGGUUUUCUCAAAAGCAUGUGGUGGAGCUGAUUGAGAACUAUGAAUACGUAACACCAUCUAAUAAAAUAUCAGUGCUGCUCUGCGUCAGGCUUUCAAAUUGUCUUUAGUAUACUUUUAAAUGUACAUUUUUAUAUUUAUAGUUCAGACAUUUGUCUUAAAAAGUCACAAUAAUAGCUACAGUAUGUUACUUUUUUCAAAUAUGUUUGUUGCAGAAAUCUGCUCCAAAGCUUGUUUUUAAUGUGGAGAGUUGUGGUCGAAGCCCACUGUGACCGAUACUCAAAUCAACAGCGCUGGCAGCAGUGCAGAGAUACUUAUUAGCUUCUAUAAGGAUUUGAGCAGGACUGACCUCUCUAACCAGUCAGAGAUUUUCAGUUAUUUCUGCUUGAUCUAUAAGUAUCAUUUCAUUUUCAUUUCUUGUAAUUUUAUAACAAAUAUCUUUAGAUCUGGGCAGCGCGUGGCGGAGCAGGGAGAGGGAGCACUGUGCAGAGCAGAGUGCAUUAAUUUAGUUUCAUGCUAGCGCUACCUUAAGUACAAAUUGUAGCUUUAUUACUGAAAAAAUGGGAACUGAUAAUUCACUCCCUUCCACCAGCACUAAUACACAAACACUGGUGGCUAAAGACCCCUGUUUUUACAUUUCUGAUCAUCCUGAAACAUUCAUCCUCACAGGAACAUUAGUGAUUAAAACAGAACAUGCAUGUAGGUUUAAAUGGCAUCUUUAGAAAUGAUAACCGUUACCUUCAGCUACUGAAGACCAUCUUUCCAGCAGGUAACUCAGUGUAGCUUAGAAAUCAAUUUUUAGGAUACCCAUCUUGUGUCCACUCACACUUAGAUCACCUCAUGGUUGAUGUUGCACCAUUAAACACUGAACAAACAGGUCAUUUUACAGGAUGUGUGAGGAAAAAAAAUAGUCUUUAUCAAUUUAAAUUCAUCAACCAUCAAGAAUAUUUUCAAUGGUGGGUCAAAAGUAAAAAUGUGUCAAAAAUAAACUCCAGUUUCCCUGUCAACCCAAUUCUUUGCUUGUGCUGCCAUCUACUGGCGUUUGGACCUCAAGAUUAUAUUUAGAAAAUUUAAAUCAACUGAAGUUCAGAUCUGAAUUGCUGCCUGGACACUGAGGGCAACUGUUCACAGGGACCCUGAAAGGCCUGGGUUCACUGUGAGUCAAAUUAAAUUGCUAUAAUCAAUUUAAAACAUGUUUUUAAAAAAAAUUGCACCACUUAAAUACAUGAAGUACAAAAAUGUCAAGGUGGGCCCUGCAGUGAUUUGUUUCACAGAGUGGUCCCGUAUCAACCACUAUUCAGCUUACUCUGUUCCAAAUUAUUAUUCAAGUGACAUAUUAGUAGGAUUUUGAUAAAAAAUAAACAUUUUGGCUUUUCUGUUGUAUUGCUCACACAUUGUAAGAUAUCUGUAUUAAUCUUAGACAGGGUUGUUAAUUAGCCAGGCAAUCUUAACUAAAGGGAAAUCUAUGUGAAGAGGUACCACAUUAUUAAUGAGCUGCCAAUAAUGGAUGGGUCAAAAAGGGCCACAAUAAAAGCUCUUUAAGCACGUUACUUGCUUAAAGUAACGUACUUACCUGUAGUAAGUACUUGGCUUAUUAAGGAAAGCUUCCAAAUUAACAGCAUCAAAAGGGAAGCUAUUUUAAAAACAAGCAUAUGUUUAGCAGCAAACAGGCAUUUGAAACUGCUGGUUUCUUUGGACUUCCAAGAACCUCUCGAUGCAGAAGCAUGGGGCAUUUGGCAGUAGUGCAUAUAGCUGCAGUUUGGCCGUGCCUGAACAAAGAUCAGAAAAGAAUACUUGCACUGGGCUCAGAAAUAAAUGAGAAUUAAUUUGCAAACAGUUCUAUUCACUGAUGACUCCUGUGCUACACUGGAUGGUCCAGAUGGAUGGAGUUCAGUUGGCAAAUGGCCACCCUGCUCCAAUAAGACCAAGACAUCUGCAAGGAGGCGGAGCAAUGAUCUGGGCUGGUAUACUGGGAAAUGAGAAGGUAGGUCUCUUUAGGGUGCUUGAGGGUGUCAAGAUGACCUCCGCAAGAUAUGUGGAGUUCCUAACUGAUCAUUUCCUGCCAUGGUAUAAAAAGAGGAAUCGUGCCUUCUGGACCAAAGUUAUCUUCAUGGAGGACAACACACCCUCCCAUGCUGCACAAAACACCACAGUUUGACUGCUAUGGUCAUAAAAGGAGACAAAUGGCCUCUGUUAUUUCCUGACCUCGACCCUGCUCAGAACCUGUGGAGCAUGUUUAAAAGGAAGAUCUAUGAGGGUGCAUGGCAGCAUACCUCAAAACAGCAGCUCUGGGAGGCAACACUGGGGAAAUACUGGCAGAAACACAUUCGAUGGAUGAGAGUUGUUCAAGUCACAUCAAAGAAGGGCUUGUAUAGUAAUAUGUAACAAUGUAAAUAGUUUAGUUGCUUUUAAAAGAUUAAAAAUGGUCUAUUCAUGCAACAGACUGUUUUGAGCUCAUUGUGACCUACUGAAUGGUUUCAAACUUCAAUCUGCAUUAUAAUUUGUAAAAAAAAUUUUUUUUAAAUUCUUUUCAAAACAGAAAAAUCUGUCACCUCAAUAUUGGUUUUUCUUGUCCAACUACAUGGUUAUACAUUUGCUGAGGAUAAAUAUAUAUAUAUAUCUGUUGUAUUCAACAUCCCUCCACACAUAUCCAAGUCUUUUCUAUGUGUAACCAAAGAUUUUUAAUUAUCCAUGGGUCGGCUCGAUCAAAGAAAGAUGAACAUGAUUUAGUAAACUGGACACAUAUCACCAUCAAAAUUCGAGAUGCCACAACCACAGCAACAUAUAAGGUGGUGCUGCUGUACUCUAAAAUG